UCCCACGCAAAAGCCCAAACAAAAACCCAAUAAAAUCUCACCUCGCCUCCGCGCAGUCCAGCCAGCCCCCGUCGCCCACCACCCCAAUCUCCACGCGUCGCCGCCGCCUGCCGGCGAGUCUAUCCCCCUCCGCCACGCCGCCGAAGCUUCCCGACCCCGCAGCGGUUCGGAUAAGGCAGGCGGUCGCCGCCAACACGCCCUCCUCCCGUUCCCCCACCCCUCCCCGGCCCCGGAACCGCUUCGGGCUGGAUCUAGGGUUGCGUGGGGAGGACUUCUGGAAGCCCCCGCCGCGAUGGACGCGGCGGACGGUGGCGCCAGCUUCACCGCCGCCGGCGAGGAGCUCCUCCGGGGCCGCGUACGGGAGAAGCUGCGCGAGUUGAUGAUGAGCGAGCCCGACACUUCCCUCCUGUGCAGGAUUAUGUUAUGGUCUUGCUCAAGAAUCGAAGAUGUAAGGAAAAGGCCAUAAAGGAGCUCCAUGUGUUUCUAGGGGAUGACAGUGAAGCAUUCGUUUCCUGGUUGUGGGAGCAUCUUUCUUUACAUUUGCACCUUUAUGUGCAAGCACAAGAACAAAAUCAGCAGCUUAAGGAUGAUGAGGCCCCCAAAGAAGUAUCUGAGGCCCCCAAAGAAGUAGCUGGAAGACCAAAAUCAUCAGAUGCGCUCCCAGAAAGCAAAGGUCAAACUCAUUCUGUGCACACAACUGAAUCAAGUACAGCCACUAGGGGACGAAAUAAGAGGGAAUGGAAAGGAAUUGGUCGGGACGGUAAUGAAAAUUUUCCACUUCGAAGUGUACUAACUGAUAUUCUUCACGGAGAGGAGAAAAGAACACAAAAAUCCAAUGAAAUACGACACCCUCUAUCAAAACAACAGAAUGGCAGGAAGCGCGAAAGGGAUGAUGAGCCGCAGCAAACAAAGAGAGACGUCUCAUCACGUCCCAUGAUUGGUGGUGGUGCUUCCCGCCGUCUUCUACAGUUUGCUGUUCGAGAUGCAGUAAAAGCUGUACAGCCAACCAGCAGCUCUUCUGAACCAGCAUCCAAGCGUCUGCGCUCUGUGGUUUCCACAACUUCUGCAGAGAACAUGCAUGAUAGGAGAUCAGAAAGAUCUCAAGACAACCUGAGCGAUAGGACAUCAGCAAGAUCUCAAGACAACCCGAGUGAUAGAAGAUCAGCAAGAUCUCAAGAUAACCCAAGUGAGAGAAGAUCCGAAAGAACUCGGCCAGUGUUACAGUUACAGGGAGCUGCUUUAGCUCUUAGAGCUGCAGCGGAAGCUGCUGCAGAUUCCACGAAGGUUAGAUCUACUGGAAGUGUUUUCAAGCGAUUGGGUCAUGGGAAUGUUGUGAAACAGCCAUCUCGUUCUCGUGAAGAGAAGAGAGAUUAUGAAGAUUUUGAACCAGUUAUGGCCGUAGAUGAGCGGGAUUCUGAUCGAUAUGUUAAUAAUGAGGAAUCCGAAGAGGAAUCUGGAGAGCUGACCAUUGCAGAUAGGGUAGCUGCAAUGAAUGUUGAUUUGAGCUCUGAAGAUGAUAUGGAGCGAGAUGAGGGGAUUUCAAGAUACCAAACCUGUGUGUCACCUGACGGUGCUUUUUCAUCAUUUGAAGACAAGAAAGCUUUAUCGGCAAAAUGCAGUGGUGAACUUGAGACUGAUGCAAUAAGGCCUUCAGGUGUUAUUGACAAGGAGCGAUCUAUUCCUUCAUCAACAGAAACAGCAAGUAAAGCUGUGCCUAUUUCUGUUGAUGUAAAUACGGUGGUACCUCUCAGUUAUGAAACUCCUAAAGAUGUUCAUGUUGUGGAGAAGCCUUACACACCCAUGAAUUCAAAUGCCACCAGUGUGGCUACCAAUGCCAAAGAAUCAGGUCAUGCAGAAGUCCAAAAGGAUUCCCAACGGGCUGCACCAUCUGUUGCAGUUUCAUAUAGCACAGCACAUCCAACCGAGGAUGCAGAUUCAAGAACCCUCUAUGUUAGCAAUGUUCACUUUGCUGCGACCAAGGACUCAUUAUCUCGCCAUUUCAACAAGUUUGGUGCAGUACUGAAAGUAGUCAUUGUCACUAAUGCUGCAACGGGUCAGCCAACAGGAUCUGCCUAUGUAGAGUUUUUACACAAAGAAUCAGCUGAACGAGCUCUGUCAUUGAAUGGCACAUCAUUUAUGACGCGUAUUCUCAAGGUCGUCCGGCGAAGUUCUCAUGAAGCUGCUCACUUUUAUGGUUGGCCUGGUAGUGGACGAUCAUCAUUGUAUGGUAGGCACAGUAGGAUGGCAUACCCAAGGGCUGUUCUCCCGGGCGGUUCCUUUAGAGGGCGUGCUCCGAUGAAACCUGGUGCUAGAAGUUUACAGUGGAAACGUGAGCCUUCAGGCACUGAUUCAGGUACGAAAACUGACAUGAGUGUGCCGCUAUCCUCUGAACAGGUGCUCCCGCCUGCCACAUAGAGGGAGCAUAUUAUAGUUGAGCUGAUAAUCAGAACCAAUCGGUAUCUUGCUUGUUGCCCCUAAUGGUUGAAUCUGGACAGCAUGCUGAGAAGAUUGUUCCUUCAUGCUGCACUGUAAAAAGUCUAAAAAAAAGCAUGAAAAAUACAAAAAAGUCAAAAAUAAGAAAAUUGGGGAGGAGUUUGGCAUCAGAUAUGAUGAUAAGCUAUCAUGCUGGAGUUGGUCCUCUUCGCAAUAUGUGAGAGUAGGCUGACAUACUCCGCAAGCAGUUUUCCUUGGACUUCAGCCAUCUGAAAGAGGAUCAUUCACAUAUGCAGUGAUCACCACACUUUGGUUGUGUUGGUGGUCUCUGGACAAGGAUUGAUGAACAUAAUGCUUCGCAUUGUGCGAUGGAAGAUGCUUAUCAAGUAGAACAAGAUGAGCAGAUUUUGGACAAGAUUUUACCAACGGUAUCAUUGAUGUAAGCCUCAAUUGUAUAGCAGUAACCUAUCUAUUUAUACUCUUUUCUCUGAAUCAAUCUCUUUCCCAGCAAAAAAAAAAAGGAAAAGAAGGAAAAUAAAAAAAGGUUCUUUUUCCCUCAUGAGUUUUAUUUGUUGUACUGGUAUGAUUUUUUAGUUGGACAUUCAUUGUGUCAAACAAUUUUACAAUAUAUUCUGUGUGGUCUAUAAUGAGAUUGAGCAUGUUACUUGACUA